CUCUUCUUUCCCACACUCCACUUCUAUUUUUCACUUAUUCGUUUUCUUCUUUAAUCUUUUAUUCUUUACAUAAUUAUGUUGAAGAUCACUGGAUACUUAGUGCUACUUUUAGCUUCAAGCUUCACUCUUUCGUUCGGAGGAUUACUUCCAAAUGGAAACUUUGAGAAAAGUCCAAGCUCAACACAACUGAGUGGGACCAAGGUAGAGGGAAAAUAUGCAAUUCCAAAUUGGGAAACCUUUGGAUUUGUUGAGUACAUAACAACAGGAACAAAACAACAAGACAUGGUUUUAGUAGUCCCUGAAGGCAAACAUGCAGUAAGACUAGGCAGUAAUGCUUCAAUUAAACAAAAAGUAGCUACUCAACCUGGCAAAUUUUAUGCCCUAACCUUCAGUUUUGCAAGGACAUGUGCCCAAGAAGAGGUCCUUAAUGUUAUUAUCACCCCUAGUUCUAAGGGUCACACUGGGAUUUUACCCUUACAGACUGUGUACACCAGUGUUGGGUUCGAUGCGUACGCCUGGGGUUUUCGGGCUGAGGCCAAUGUUGUCGAGAUUACCCUCCACAACCCGGGCCAGCCCGGUGAAGACCCGGCUUGUGGACCUCUUAUUGAUACCAUUGCUCUUACUAUUUUGGAAUCAGUUAAGCCUACUGGAGGUAAUUUGGUAAAGAACGGAGAUUUUGGACAAGGGCCCUAUGUAUUCCACACCUCAUCAUGGGGUGUCUUAAUCCCUCCAAACAUUGAGGAUAGUCACUCCCCAUUACCCGCAUGGAGGAUUGAGUCCCUUAAAGCCGUCAAAUACAUAGACUCCCUUCAUUUCUAUGUACCCGAAGGCCAAAGGGCAGUUGAGCUUGUUGGUGGCAAAGAAAGUGUGAUUGCACAAACCAUUAGAACCCAACCAGGAAAAUUAUAUGCCCUAACUUUCCUUGUUGGUGACGCCAAAAACGGGUGUGUGGGUCCCUUGGCUAUCGAGGUUUUCGCAGCCAAGGCGACCACAAAGGUCACCUACAACUCGAAAGGCAGAGGCGGGUUUACGAAAGGCAAGCUUGUGUUUAAGGCCGAGGAACGUACAACAAGCAUUAGGUUUUUGAGCUCAUUUUAUACCAUGACUAUUGAUGGGUCUAUGUGUGGGCCUGUUCUUGAUGAUGUAAAGGUUCUUCAUGCUAUACGUACCCCUAGGCAUGUUACAAAGGUGUAAUAAUUUAUAAAAUACUUUGUUAUUAUUAUGAUUGAUGCAAUUAUUCAUAUGAAAAAGUACCAUAUGACUUAUAAAUGGGAGAACUUUUUGAGUUAGUAUGGUGCAAAUUUAGAGACAGACUAGCUAGUACUUACUACUUUGUAGUAUGUAUUAAUUUUAUGUCAUCAUGAACCCCAUUUAGGAGGUUUUUUCAGGGUUUCUAGAUAUUAUAAUAUUAUUUUAAGAUGUUUUAAAAUUUAUGUAUCUAUUUGUUAUAUUUUAUUGAUUUGAUUGAUGAAAUAAAAUUAUUCAUUUGUUCCUAAUAA